UUGGCCGAAUGAAGAAACUGAUCCUGAAGCGCCUCAACCCUACGACUCCUUCGAAGGAGGAAGGCGAAGCUCCCCCUCACCAUCAACCAUGCAGCCCUGGAUCAAGUGCAGUAGUGGCACCGUAUAUGACACCCAGAGAGUCCUAUGAGCUGGGCAUGCGCUCUCAGCCAGCAUGGGAGGAGAAACUGGAAGUGUUCGUAAGGGAGGAUGGUGAACGAGGGGUUAGAGCACUCACCGCGUUCCGAGAUGGAGAGUUCCUCUGUGAGUUCGAGGCAAAUCUUUUGUCGAAGGCCCAGUGUGAGAAGGCAGAGAAAGAAUACGAGGCAGAUGGGAAACCUGUCUACAUCCUU